CUGACAAAGUAAGUACUUUCCAGGAUUGAAACAUAUUGUCUGCUGUAUUUUCUCUUCCUCUUUGUCCCUUCAAGUCACCAAAGAGGGAAAGAAGAAUCUUAAUAACUGAGAUGGAUCUGCGUGAGGCAAGAUUUCAAUUAUUUGCUGUCAGUGUGCUGCUGCUCACACUUUACCCCAGCUAUGCCCCAGCUAUCACUAUGAAGGAACAUCUGCCGCUCAGUUGUCUGGAGGACAAAGACUACGAUGAGCUGCUGCAGACUGUGAAGACCGGCCACCCACACAUAAAUACCUCUCAUCAUGUUGUUAUUGUCGGAGCUGGCAUGGCUGGACUGACGGCUGCCAAGUUACUGCAAGACGCAGGACACAAGGUAACCAUAUUAGAGGCUAGUGAUCGUAUUGGAGGACGGGUGGAGACCUACAGGAAUGAAAAAGAGGGCUGGUAUGCUGAGCUGGGAGCCAUGAGGAUCCCAAGUUUUCACCGUAUCGUCCACUGGUUUGCUAAAAAGCUAGGGGUCAAGCUGAAUACAUUCCACAUGAAUGACCCGAACACCUUUUACCUGGUUAAUGGGGUACGGAAGAGGACGUACACAGUGCAAACAAACCCUGACGUGCUGAAGUACAAAGUGCGGAGAAGUGAGAAAGGAAAAACAGCUGACAAGCUGCUACAGCAAGCUUUGCAGAAGUUCAACGAUGAAGUAGAAGCUCAUGGUUUCAAGGCUGCGCUGAGAAAAUAUGACCAUUAUUCUGUGAAGGAGUAUCUGAAAGAAGAAGGAGGCCUGAGUUCAGAAGCAAUAAGAAUGAUUGGAGACCUGCUUAAUGAACAGAGCCUUAUGUACACAGCCCUCACUGAGAUGAUCUAUGACCAGACUGACAUCAAUGACACUGUGAAGUAUUAUGAAGUGACCGGUGGGUCAGACCUUCUCCCGAAAGCUUUUCUUACUGUCCUUGAUGUUCCUAUUCUCCUCAAUUCCAAGGUCAAGCACAUCAGCCAGUCAGAUAAAGGUGUAAUUGUAUCGUACCAGACAGGGCAACAGUCUGAUUUUAUCGACCUUCUCGCGGAUGUCGUCCUAGUAACAACCACAGCCAAAGCAGCCCUUUUCAUAGACUUUGAUCCACCUCUCUCCAUCAGAAAGAUGGAGGCCCUGAGAACAGUCCACUAUGACAGCUCCACUAAAAUCCUCCUUACCUUCAGUGAGAAGUUCUGGGAGAGUGACGGCAUCCAUGGAGGAAAGAGCAUCACAGACAGGCCCUCUCGAUUCAUCUACUACCCCAGCCACAGUUUCCCCAAAAAUCAAACCAUUGGCGUCCUCCUGGCUUCCUACACCUGGUCUGACGACUCCCUCCUCUUCAAUGGUGCGAGCGAUGAAGAACUAAAAGAGCUGGCUCUGAGAGAUUUGGCAAAGAUCCAUCAGAGGGAUGUUAGGUCUUACUGCACAGGGGUGCUGGUAAAGAGGUGGAGCGCAGAUCCUUACAGCUUGGGUGCCUUCGCUCUCUUCACACCCUAUCAACAUUUAGAGUAUGCUAAGGAGCUCUUCAGAAGUGAAGGCAGGAUACACUUUGCUGGUGAACACACAGCCUUUCCUCACGCUUGGAUUGAGACAUCUAUGAAAUCUGCAAUCAGGGCUGCUACAAACAUUAACGAAGAGGUGCUCUUGAAUUCAGAGUUAGCUAAAUGUCCAGUGAGAGAUGAGCUGUAGGGUCUAAGGAAUUGAGCAACCAUGUAUUAUGGUAUUAAUAAAAAAGAGUGGCAAGGUUGAAAUAUGUCCAGCUAAUGUCACAGAAAUAUUUUAUGUUGAAAUGCCACUUUAAUAAAAUAAGAAUCAAUAAAUCAAUCAA